GUGAAGCUGAUCAAAUCGUCUCCAGAACACCCAAUCACGCUAGCCAUUGGAGACGGGGCUAAUGAUGUUAGCAUGAUCCUGGAGGCUCACGUGGGCAUCGGCAUCAUGGGUAAAGAGGGUCGCCAGGCAGCGCGGAACAGCGACUACGCCAUCCCGAAGUUCAAACACCUGAAGAAGAUGCUGCUGGUUCACGGACACUACUACUACAUCCGCAUCUCAGAGCUUGUCCAGUACUUCUUCUACAAAAAUGUCGCCUUCAUCUUCCCUCAGUUCCUCUACCAGUUCUUCUGUGGCUUCUCCCAACAGCCGCUGUAUGACACAGCCUAUCUGACACUGUACAAUAUCAGCUUUACCUCUCUACCUAUCCUGCUCUUCAGCCUCAUCGAGCAGCACAUCAACAUGGACAUCCUCAAGAAAGACCCCUCCCUCUACAGGGACAUAGCUAAGAACUCUCUCCUGCGUUGGCCCAUUUUCAUCUACUGGACCUGCCUGGGGGUGUUCGACGCCGUCGUCUUCUUCUUUGGUUCUUACUUCCUGUUCAACAACAGCACCUUCACCAGCAACGGACAGCUAAUGACAACCAACACACAGAUGAUGUUUGGUAACUGGACGUUUGGGACUCUGGUCUUCACUGUGCUGGUGUUCACAGUCACGUUAAAGGUACAGUAACAUCCUACCCAUCACCACC